UGGUGUCAUGCUGCCGCAUUUAAUUUGAAAGAGUGAUUACUGACAGAACUCGAAAAAAGGUUUGGAAACCUCGAGAAUCUGAAGCUUGCUGCUAUGGCCAUUUUAUUGGAUACCCGAUUUGAAAAGAUACCCUUCCGGAGUGCUCCGUCUGUGUCCGACGCUGUUCAAGCAAUCUGGAAGGAAGUGAAAUUGAAAAUCAGGGCGGAAUCGAAUGCUUCAAAUGUCAUGGUAGAAGAAACAGCGCCAACAUUACCAUCCGUAGCUCCUACAAAAUUGAAUGAUAUUUGGGUACGCUUCGCCAAUAUGGCACAUGAGAAACAGCCUGGUACUAUCAACGAUAAUGCAGGAGGAUUCCCACUGGAAAUCACCCAGUACCUAAACAGAGCUGUUUCGUCACGAACAUUCAAUCCAUUUUGACGAAUGGAAUGACAUGAAGCCGCAUUAUCCGCACCUUUAUGAAGUGGCCAUGGAAUACCUUCCAAUCCUGGCAACGUCGGUUCCAUCCGAAAGGGUUUUUUCCAAAUCAGGACUCAUCAUGACGAAGCUGCGAAACAGACUCUUGGGGAAACGUCUCAACCAAUUAUUAUUUCUAUCAUCAGUCUCAAAGGCGUUAUUGUUUGAGAAAUAAUCCUAUGUUACAGUUAUGUUCAUGUAUUUAAAUAUGGUCUAAAUUAAGCACUUUUUUGAAAAUUCAAAUUUAGAC